AUGAAUAACAAAGAGAAACAGAAAUCCAAAGAGAACUUGAACAGUACUUUGGGGCUUCCCCAGGAGCUGAUCGGAAGGAUUAUGGCCCACUCAAAUGUGAAACAUGUAAAGAGACUAAUGAAAUGCAACUCACUUCUCUUUACAAAACUGAGGAACGAUUUUUCUGUGUGGGGAUUCUUUACAUCUGGAAGGUAUCCGUGCAUUGCUGGAUAUAUAAGUGAAAUUAAGAAUAAAUACACAUUGAUGAAGAACAUAUCCCGGUCCCGGAACGAAAGAAGCGUUGACUUCGAGACCAAUCAAUCGGAUAUCACGUUUAUGCAGAUAGACAGAGACAGAAUAGUAUGUUCUUCGGACGAUCAAACUAUAAAGAUAUUUGGAAUGGAUGGACGGCUCAUAAGGACGUUUAUCGGCCAUAAGGGAGGAGUGUGGACCUUUAUGCUCAAUAACAAGCAUCUUGUAAGCGGAAGUACGGAUAAAACAGCUAGGAUCUGGGAUUUGUGGACAGGAUGUACUCUUUGUGUUCUUUCCGGGCACAAGUCUGUUGUCAGAUCUUUGAAGAUUUAUGAAGACUAUAUUGCAACUGGGAGCAGAGAUUCUGAAAUAAGAAUUUGGAAUUUCAGAGGGACAUGCCUUAAUGUACUCAAGGGGCACACAAUGAGCGUCAGAUGCAUGGACAUGAAUGAGAGCUAUCUCGUAAGUGGGUCCUAUGACGGAAGUGUUGCCCUGUGGGACUACAGAAGAGGGAAGCUUCUAAGAUAUUUAAAGUCGCAUUCUCUUAGGGUAUAUUCUGUCUCUCUUUCUCUAAACUAUGUUGCAUCAGGGAGCCUGGAUUCUAGUGUUCACGUUUCAACACUGGAUGGGAAGCUUGUGUGUUCAUACAAGAUCCACCGCUCGUUAGUGAUCUGGCUUAAGUUUGUUAACAACGGUCGAUACCUGCUUAGUUCAGGAGCGGAUGGGAUCCUAUGCAAAUGGGAUCUUCGAGAAAACAUUCUCGUUUAUAAGAUCGAAGAAAAUGGCCAUAUAACAGCGCAAGCGGUUAUCGAGGAUUUACUGAUAGUCGGAACCAAGAGAGAAGUGAAGAUAUAUAACUUAAGCGAUGGAAGCUUUAUCAGAACUCUCUUUUCUGCAUCAUCUCUGAUAAGUAAGGUUGAGGUGUCUGGUCGAUGCAUAUCCGUUGGAUAUUACUCGGAUUCAGGAGCCUGUAGAUUGAUAGUAUUCAAUUAUUGA